CCCCUCCUAUCGUACCACCACUGGCAGAGGGAAGGGACGGACGCCGUCCAUAUUGAAGAGAGACCGCAAGAGACCCAGACAGCUGGCGGACUCAUUCCCACAAAGCCGAACUUCGGGAGAACACACGGCAGCAAAAGCUGCUCCCAGCACGCACCAACCUCCAUCGUCUAACGAUCCUGCCCCUCAGGAAGAAGGCUACCUCUCUCCGACCUCGGCCCAGAAAUCUCCACGCGACUCGAACCUUUCCUUCUCCCCGUCCAUCUUCCUGAGUCAGCCGGCCAACUCCAGUACCUCCUACAGAAAGAGAACCGUGAGCGGUUCGUCCACAGAGGGACACGCGGACCCUGUCGAUGGACGAGGUGCUAGUAGAGGUCGGCACGAUUCAGAGUCAGACUACACUGAGAGUAUGGUGGCAGGAGGGAGCUCGUCCUCUGGGAACCAUGUGUCGAGGUUUGUAACAUCUACUCCCAUCAAACAAGACAAGGAGAACACGCAGUCCUCUGGACUCCAAAUAUCGCCCACCUACCUCUCUCCCGGCGAGACUGAGGUCAAGAGACCACGUCUGAAAGACGUGAAUCCCUAUGAGACAUCCAGUGGGAGUGACUCGGAAGCGCCCCCGGUGGUUGUGACAAAGUCCAGAUCGCGGUCGCAGGCAGUUCGUCACCGCAGCAGGGCCCGUGCCCAGCUGAGCCCUCUGCUGGAGAACGCAUGCAGCCCGAUUGCAAAGACCGACCAGACUCACCGUCCGCCCAGUUCUCUCCUCACCGCCAACUUCCCCAUCUCUUCCUCGCUGGUUCAGCCUCCGUAGGGCCCUCUCUCCCUACUGCCCCACUCCCGCACAGCUCCUCAGUCAAAGGCUCCACUACCGCAGGUCCUUACCACCAGAUCGUGACUCCCAUGACCUCCCAACCUCCUCCCCCGGUCUCGUUCCCAUAUCUACAAACCCAGCAUCCAACUCACGUCCCGUUCCCAUUCUCGGCAGCAGUGGCGUCUGCACAGUACCUCCCCCACCACCCUCCCCGUCAUCCUCAACCCAAUCUCUACAUGGGACAUGUAAUACCCUCGGCCGUCACUACCUGCGCUCCUCUCUUCUCUGUACCUGUCUCUCCUCUCUCCCCUCCCAACGCUCCGUACUUUAUUGCUCCUCCUCUGACUGCCGUAGCCAGCACGGCAGGUGCCCUCUUCCGCCCUCCUCCAAAUCCAUUCUACUACAGCAGCACGCCACAUCAUGCGUACGGAGGUUAUCCUCCUGGUCCAGCUGCUGGUGUGGCUCAGCAGCAGUCAGUCCAGAGAUGGGGCAGCUCACCGCUGUCGACGCAGAUACAGAGGACGGGGCAGAUACAGAGUGUCCCACCGUGGUUCAUAUUUGAACAGAACAGGCCGGAGGGAAAGAGGCUGCGGCUUACUGAGGCAAUAAAUCGAUCUCUGUCAGAAACACCAUCUCACAAUCCGAAGCUCCCGGUAGGGUGGACCAAGUACGCUUGUGGUCAGACGGACGAUCAGAUUCAGCUGACUCAUAGGGCACGUCUGUUUCUCCAGUCCGGACGACGGCAGUUGACUUUCGACAACAUUAACACAUAGCCUCGUGCAGCAUCUACAUGCUCACUCUAGUUAUUGUUUGUACUAUGUGUGUAUGUGCCCCUUGUAGCCCCAGCAGAUUAUAUUUUCAUCUAGAGUCUUUGGUUACCAUAUUUUGAUUAUAACUCUUUGGCGCUCCGUUUACGAUUAAAAGUUCAGUAUCAUGUCACUGUUCAACCCAUCAGAACCAACCAAUGUAUAUAUCAUGAUUAUAAU